AGUAUUUUGCUUUUUAGACACUCCUUUCUCCAAAUUAGCCAACUAACCAAUAAAGAUCAAGUGACCUCCUAAUACAUACGCACCACCACUCACAUUCACAUACCUCCUUGUAUAUAUACACACACAUAAUAAGAAAGAGAGAAACUAAAGGAGAAAACCUUGUGGGGCUCUUUACCAAAGAAGAAGAAGAAGCGUGUGUCAGAGAAAGUUUGUUGACCGAUGGCAGCCAUUAUAGUGGCGGCUUUAGCGUGUAUCGUGGUGAUGCUACGACUGAGUGAAGCGGCCGUGUACAAAGUCGGCGACUCAGCAGGAUGGACAACCAUAGCCAACGUAGACUACAAGCUAUGGGCUUCUACCAAAACUUUCCACAUUGGUGAUACUGUCUUGUUCGAAUACAACCCACAAUUCCACAACGUAAUGAGAGUGACGCACCCAAUGUAUAGAAGUUGCAACACCUCAAAGCCAAUCUCUACUUUCACCACCGGCAACGACUCAAUCACACUCACCAACCACGGCCACCAUUUCUUCUUUUGCGGCGUUCCUGGCCAUUGCCUCGCCGGUCAGAAGCUCGACCUUCACGUCCUUCUCCCUGCCUCCUCCACGCCACUCUCUGAUCCACCAACUUCCUCCUCCUCUUCUCCUCCCUCGACUACUAUUCCUGCAGCCGGAGUCCCUGGCCCUUCUCCUAGCCUUGCUGCUUCUCUCCCGAGUAUGGUGACGGCUCAAAUCGUGGCCGUGGUGACUCUCCUAGUCUCUUUGGCCUUUACAAAUUUUGCUUCUUAACUAGGAUUACAUAUAUGUAUAUUGGAAUUACUGCAUAUAAGUUUUUGUUAUGUAUACUUAUAUUUUCCAUAUAGUUCUUUUUCCAAUGAUUAAAAAAUGUAGAGAUGGUUCAACAAUAAAAAUGUGCACUAAAACCAAUUAGUACUUAAUGAGAGUAUUGUUAAACCAUUCCGUUAUAUUCUUUUGGUCAUCUU